UCUCCAGAAGAAAUACUCGAAUAUGACUAUGAUUAUAGUGAUGGAGACUUUAUAGAGUUUGACUAUCAUCCAACUGAGGAAGUCCCGACAUUGGAGCAGACAGAAUUCCCAACUGAGGUUGUGAACAAUGUGCUGCCAGAGGAGACAGGAGAGGAAUAUUACUAUGAAACAUAUGAAGGAACGACCAGCUCAGCAGCUCGAGAGAAAGCGAACGAGACAAACUUUGAAGAAGACUAUAAAGAUGAAUAUCUGACCGGAGAGGAUUAUCAUAUUGAAAAGCAAGUGACUGACGAAAAUGAACAGGACCUCAAUGAGUAUGACCUCAAUGAGUACGAUUUCAAAAUGUAUGAUCCUGGUGAAUAUGAUGACAAGGAAUAUGAUGAGAAAGAGCAGGACCCCACUGGGCAGGACCCCACUGGGCAGGACCCCACUGGGCAAGACCCCACUGGGCAUGACCCCACUGGGCAGGACCCCACUGGGCAGGACCCCACUGGGCACAAUGCCAAAGUUACUUCCACCAAAGGGACCAGUGAUAAUGACCAGGAAUUCAAAGCAUAUGAUGUUGAAGAAUACGACCCCAAUGAAUAUGACACCAAGCGUUACGAGGAUGAAUAUUAUUAUGAAAUCACAGAAUACGAAGAUAAAGACCCAAAGACCACAGCUACUGGGGUGGAGUUUGGUCCUGGGGUACCUGCUGAGACAAGUGUGAACACAAAUUCUCUCGGACUGCUGGGAGAGAAGGGGCAGAAAGGAGAGCCUGCUGUGGUGGAACCUGGAAUGCUGAUAGAAGGACCCCCUGGAUUGGCGGGAGCACCGGGUCUCCCAGGUUCUGCAGGUUUGACUGGCCCUCCAGGUCCCACAGGCGAUCCAGGUCAGAGGGGUCCGCCUGGUCGAGCUGGUCUUCCUGGAGCAGACGGAUUGCCUGGUCCUCCAGGCACAAUGCUAAUGUUACCGUUCCGGUAUGGUUCGAGUGGUGAGAAGGGGCCAGUGAUAUCAGCUCAGGAAGCCCAGGCUCAGGCGAUUCUACAGCAGGCAAGGAUUGCAAUGCGAGGUCCAACUGGGCCAAUGGGAUUGACAGGAAGAGCGGGUCCUGUGGGAAUUCCCGGAUCACCUGGACUGAAAGGUGAACAAGGUGAAGAAGGUCCACAGGGUCCGAGAGGGAUCCAAGGACUUCUGGGUGCAUCUGGAAAGCCAGGCAAGAGGGGUCGUCCUGGUGCUGAUGGAUCCCGGGGAAUGCCGGGAGAACCUGGAGCAAAGGGGGAUCGUGGUUUCGAUGGAUUGCCAGGCCUCCCAGGAAUGAAAGGAAACAGGGGUGAGACAGGGGCAAUGGGUCCCCCUGGUCCUCCUGGAGAAGACGGGGAACGGGGUGACGAUGGAGAGAUUGGUCCACGAGGGUUACCUGGUGAAGCUGGGCCAAGAGGACUUCUUGGACCCCGAGGAUCUCCAGGACCCCCUGGACAACCCGGUCCUACUGGUUUGGAUGGGCCUCAAGGUUCCAAAGGAAACAUGGUGAGGGAAUAUCCAACAGUUGACAGGAAUUUAGUCAAUAUCUGUGUGUCACUAUUAUUUCUCUGUCUCUGUCUCUGUCUCUCGCAGGGUCUGAUUGGGCCUCAAGGUACCAUUGGGCCUCCAGGAGCCAAGGGCCCUCCGGGUAAGGCUGGGUUACCAGGCCUCCCAGGAGCUGAUGGACCUCCGGGCCACCCCGGUAAAGAGGGACCAGCUGGAGAGAAGGGUGCUGAGGGUUCCACAGGACCACAGGGUCCAAUCGGAUAUCCAGGACCUCGCGGAGUUAAGGGAGCUGAUGGAGUUCGUGGUCUCAAAGGAGCAAAGGGAGAAAAGGGUGAAGAUGGCUUUCCUGGGUUUAAAGGUGACAUGGGUGUGAAAGGUGAAAGGGGUGAAACUGGUUUGGUGGGUCCUCGAGGUGAGGAUGGACCUGAGGGGCCGAAAGGUCGUGCUGGGCCUCCAGGAGAUGCUGGAUCAUCAGGAUCUGCUGGAGAGAAGGGAAAACUCGGCGUUCCAGGAUUACCUGGAUAUCCCGGGAGACAAGGUCCAAAGGGAUCGACAGGAUUCCCAGGAUUUCCUGGCUCAAAUGGGGAAAAAGGAGCGAGGGGUGUUCCUGGUAAAUCUGGCCCGAGAGGACAGAGGGGUCCGACCGGUCCACGUGGAGGUCGUGGCCCAAGAGGUCCCACUGGAAAACCAGGAGCAAAGGGAACAUCUGGAAGUGACGGUCCCCCUGGUGGGCCUGGGGAAAGGGGACCUCCAGGACCCCAGGGCCCCACUGGAUUUGCCGGGCCGAAAGGGCCUCCAGGACCCGCUGGUAAGGAUGGAUUACCAGGACAUCCUGGACAGAGGGGCGAGACUGGUUUCCAAGGCAAGACUGGGCCCCCUGGUCCAGGAGGUGUUGUGGGACCGCAGGGUCCAACAGGAGAGACCGGGCCGUUAGGUGAGCGAGGGCACCCAGGACCUCCUGGACCACCAGGGGAACAAGGCCUCCCCGGAGCAGCUGGAAAAGAAGGUGCUAAGGGUGACCCAGGGCCUACGGGUGUUGCUGGAAAAGAUGGUCCUCCAGGUCUUCGUGGGUUCCCUGGAGAGAGAGGCCUGGCUGGAGCAAUGGGACCGGGUGGAUUGAAAGGAGGCGAGGGUCCAAUUGGUCCGACCGGCCCCGUUGGAUCUCCUGGCGAGCGAGGAGCUGCUGGAUCUGCUGGACCGAUUGGUCUUCCUGGCCGUCCUGGUCCUCAAGGGGGCCUUGGUCCUGCUGGAGAGAAGGGAGCUCCUGGGGAGAAAGGACCCCCGGGUCCAGCUGGUCGUGAUGGGGUGCAGGGACCAGUUGGUUUGCCUGGUCCUGCCGGGCCACAAGGACCUCCGGGAGAAGAUGGUGACAAGGGUGAGGUUGGGGAACCUGGUCAGAAAGGAACAAAAGGAUCAAAAGGGGAGCAGGGACCUCCUGGACCUCAUGGUCUUCAAGGACCUAUUGGACAGCCUGGACCAGCAGGUGGAGAUGGGGAGCCGGGUCCCAGAGGUCAGCAGGGAAUGUUCGGACAGAAAGGUGACGAAGGACCACGGGGAUUCCCUGGUCCACCCGGGCCAAUUGGUCUUCAGGGUCUACCAGGACCACCAGGUGAAAAGGGUGAGACUGGGGACGUCGGUGCCAUGGGACCACCUGGACCUCCUGGUCCUAGAGGACCUCAAGGACCCAGUGGGGCUGAUGGACCUCAAGGACCAUCUGGUGGUGUUGGUUCUCCUGGUGGUGUUGGUGAGAAGGGAGAGACAGGGGAGGCUGGUAACCCAGGACCACCUGGAGAGAGGGGGCGAUCGGGGCCUAAAGGUGAUAUCGGUGACAAGGGGGAGGCGGGGCCCCCAGGGGCAGCUGGUCCGGCUGGUCCCAAAGGCCCACCAGGAGAUGAUGGGCCAAAAGGCAACCCGGGUCCUGUUGGUUUUCCUGGGGAUCCAGGACCUCCCGGGGAACCAGGACCAUCAGGAACAGAUGGAAUUUCUGGUGAGAAAGGUGAAGAUGGAGAGGCAGGACAACCUGGACCUCCCGGACCAUCAGGAGAAGCAGGGCCGCCGGGACCUCCUGGGAAACGGGGACCACAUGGAGCAGCUGGGGCCGAAGGAAGACAAGGAGAAAAAGGAGCAAAGGGUGAACCAGGAGCAGAGGGGCCUCCCGGAAAGACUGGCCCAGUUGGCCCUCAGGGACCUCCAGGAAAAUCAGGCCCCGAGGGGUUGCGGGGAAUUCCUGGACCUGUUGGUGAACAAGGUCUCCCUGGGCCACCAGGUCAAGAUGGGCCCCCAGGACCAAUGGGUCCACCUGGUCUACCCGGAUUGAAGGGGGUUCCAGGUAACAAGGGUGAGAAGGGUCAUCCAGGUUUGAUUGGAUUGAUUGGACCCCCAGGAGAACAAGGUGAAAAGGGAGACCGGGGACUCCCAGGGCCACAGGGAGCUCCAGGGGUGAAAGGUGACAGUGGCAUUACCGGAUCCUCUGGACCCCUCGGCCCCCCUGGACCCCCUGGUUUACCUGGUCCACUUGGUCCAAAGGGAUCAAAGGGUUCAGUAGGUCCUGCUGGGCAGAAAGGAGACACUGGAUUGAUGGGACCUCCUGGGCCUCCUGGCCCUCCUGGUGAGGUCAUUCAGCCAUUGCCAAUCCGGACUCCAAAGAAAACACGGAGAUCUUCUGACGGGAUCCAGGCUGAUGAGGCUGACAACAUUCUCGAUUACACCAAUGGGAUGGAGGACAUCUUUGGCUCCCUUGAUAACUUGAAAAUGGAAGUUGAUCGAAUGAAGAAUCCAAUGGGAACACGCAGCAACCCUGGCCGGACCUGUAAGGACCUGCAGCUGUCUCAUCCAGACUUCCCAGACGGUGAAUAUUGGAUUGAUCCAAACCAAGGUUGCUAUGGAGAUUCCUUCAAGGUGUACUGCAACUUCACCAGUGGAGGCGAGACCUGUAUCUAUCCCGACAGGAAAUCUGAUGGCGUUCGAAUCUCUCCCUGGCCCAAGGAAACUCCUGGCUCCUGGUUCAGUGAGUUCAAGAGAGGAAAACUGCUGGCAUAUGUGGACGCCCAGGGUGAGCCGAUUAACUUGGUUCAAAUGACAUUCCUGAAGCUGUUGAGUGCCUCUGCAAGGCAGAAUCUCACAUAUAACUGUCAGAACUCCGUGGCCUGGUACGAUGCAGCCUCAGACAGCUACGAUAAGGCACUCCGAUUCCUGGGUUCCAAUGACGAGGAGAUGUCACAUGAUAAUAAUCUGUACAUCAAAGCCAUCUCAGAUGGUUGUAUGUUCCGGAAAGGUUUAGAAAAGACUGUACUCGAGAUUAACACUCCAAAAGUGGAUCAAGUGCCUAUCAUUGACUUGUUGGUGAGUGACUUUGGCAACACGAACCAGAAGUUUGGAUUUGAGGUGGGUCCUGUUUGUUUCCUGGGCUAAGAGACUGAGACAAACCAAAACCUUCAUCGCACCCACCCACUACAAGACACGUGCAAGUUUUGAUCCUGGAUGGAGUAAACAUUCUCUCACUGUGUAUGUAUGUACUAUUAUCUAGAAAUUAUUAAAUGCCCUUGUGGGGUCAGAAUCACAUGACUUAAACCUAUUGUGGGGAUCCUAGAGGAACGUACAAUGGUGUGGAGUUGUAUCGCUGCCAAAGGGAAAGCUUUGGUCCAAUCUGGAGGGAGAACAUCAGCCAACAGAGAGUGGCAGAAACUGUAUAACUGACUACUCAAGGUGCUCACACACGUUGCCAAGGUGGUCUGAAGGUGUAUUUUAAUGAACUGUAAUUAUUUUAUUGUAAAAUACCAUUUAUAUCUGUUUCCACUCUCAGAACUUGCAUGUGUCUCUCUAGCUGCCAUUUUUUAAAGAGCCAUUUUUAACUUUUUUUUGGAAACUCAGAAGCAAACUGUAAUAAUUAGAAAGAAACAAAAUAAAAUGUUAGCCUCUUGUGAAUGAGCUGUAUUCUUUCCUGCACUGUACUUGUGUGAACAGAUGCUGCUCUUUAACAUGUAACUGGGAGCUGAGCUGAGGCCAAGUGAAUAUCAUUGGAACUCGAAGCCAAUUGAAGAAUUCCUUUAAAAGGGCCACCCAUGGUGAUGAAGUGAACUGUAUGCUCCUGUAACUGACAGCUCCUUUUAGGAUGCUGCUGAUGUCUCCUUUUACAGCGACUUGCCCAAUUGUGGAGACUGACUCUGCAAAAGGGUGCAGGACACUGUGUUAUGGUGCUAUAUUUAUACAUUUUCAUUGGAUUCUGAAAUGUCCACGAUGUAAAAUGGAGUCAAAAGCACUUGCAGAAUUGACUAAUCUACAUUUGAUAAGUUCAGGCUUCUCCAGUGAAUCUCAGCGAUUUACACAGCCUGCGUUUAAGAACGCAUUCUCCUGGCCUCUUGCUGUGCUCCCCUCAAAACACUCAAUCUUUCUGCUUUGCUUGGCACUCUUUAGUUGAAGCAGAGAAAUUGGUUCUCCAGUGGUUGGAACAUGAGGUCUAUGGGUUAUUUGAGACACCUUUUAUUAAAGCUAAGUGCUGCCUGGAGAAGCUAGACUGGGCUGCUCUCUCCCUUUAAACAAACUAUUUAACUCAUUGUUCAUGAAAGGCCAUGCAAAGACCAUAAUAUGUCUAGGUCAUGUGAUUCUAACUCAUUGCUAAGAAACAAGUAAGUAAUGAUCCACUUACAUCCAAAAAUUCCACAUUCAUUGUUUGUUAACAUUGGAUUUUGCAAUUCCUUCUCUAACAAUUUCCAUCUUGGAAUUUGUUUCCUGAUCGAUGUAAGACUUGAAAAGAAGUGUUUGGUUAACUAUUAACCUUCAAAGUUGAUUGGUAUUCAGACUCCAUCCAAUAAUCUGUGACACUUGAGAUUCAAAUGGAAAUACUGCCUUUCCUCUCAUUUCCAGAGCAACGUUUGUAAAUAUCGACCUGGAAAAUAGUAAGAGAAUUUCAUGAAUAAAAGUCAAGUCUUGUCUACCUUGGUAGUUCUGCUUUUUUAAAAGAGUAUUUUUUUUGGAGCUUGGUAGAAAUUUGUUUGAAUUAAAACCGGAGAAAUCUCAGGGUAAGCAUGGUGUUGUGGGGAAAUUUAGAACCUGGGCUAAGCCCUCACAACAAUCUGACGUAAGGAGCUUACAAUGAACCAACAAACUUCCUCCAAGUUAACAGUGAGAGGGGUUUCUCACCAGUUCAGUCCCAGCUUUAUAACUAAAUCAAUCAUGUCAAAGACUACAAUCAAAAACAGAUACCUCCUUGAAUGGUUUCCUAUUUAUAUAGAUUUAUGAAGAACACACAUGGCAAUCUUAUUCAGUCUUCUGUUGGUGUAUAAAUUAAUUGUAGAAUGAUUUGCGUUAGAUGAGAAAAUCAAACUGCUUUCAGAUUUACAGUUACGUUGUAUUGCUACACCUGUAGCAAAUCACUUUCUGUAUUUUACUAAAAAAAGUUUAUAUAAAAAUAAAAUAAUUUUCAAAGCUUU